AUGAAAGAGAGCGAUGAGGGCCAACAGUCGAUACGUCGAAGAGAUGAGAGGAGGUUGAGAUGGCUCCUUCGCUCUACCGUUAGGAGAGAAUUCCUUCAGAACUGGGAGAGGGAAGGCCGGGCGAAAUGGAAUUCAAAUCAAGCUUCGUUGUGUCGCUACGAGCGGCGACUGCUGAACUACGAGUUGGCAGUCAAGGCGACAACGGCAGCACGGAAACGCAUUUCUCGCAAUCGCCAUUCCAACGACGAGGCCGACGGCAUCCGAUGGUUCGAGCACAACUUAGACAGGCUAGGCUUAGACCCCGGGGGCGGUAGCGUUGACGGCGGCGGACGAGCCGGUGCUCUCUUGCCCGACAAGGAGACGCCAGCGACUUUCCGUUCGAGGCUCGUGCGCGCAGUACUCGACCAAAAUUUCGUUCCGAGCAGCAACGCCGAGGCCAUGGCCGAGCUCCGUUUCCGAGGCGUUACAGGACGCCGGGGUCGCAAAGAGCGCGAGGAUCGCCGGGUAAAGACGGAGGUGGACCAGCGGCGCGCCACGGCAGAAACGGAUGCAAACCGCCGCGCAGAAAAACGCCUGAAAGAGAUGCUUGACAAGGGGCACGAGCGCCGGGAAGCGGCCGCAGCCUACUGGGCGGAAAGGCACAACCUUGAACAGAAGGCUAUCACCGACAAGAGGCGAUUCGCCGAGAUGGCGGCUGCUCAAGAAGAAGCGUUCGAGACCGCUUUCAACGCACGAGCAGACUGCACUCGUCAGAGCUACGAAGAGAGAAGAGCCGAACGGGAGGCGAACAACGAAGCGCUCCGCAUUAGACUACAACACGAACGCUACGAAAAACGGCGCCGGACAGAGACAAUGUGCGCGGAAAUCGUGCACAAGAUGUCGGAUCUCGCGGUGGUUUCGUCAGAGUUGCGUGCGAGUCGCGGCGGAGCUCCACUGCCUCCGACGGCUUGGGCUCACCUUAAACGCCGGUUCUGUUCUCCCGAACCCUUUUUUGUAGACUCCACCCCGCCCGAGCCCACGCCAGAACCUCGUGACCCUGUUUUGGAUGCGAAGGCCUUCCUUGAGAGAAAUAACUUAGAUCGCUGUGAGGGGCUAUGGCGAUUGCGAGAGGAUGUACCAGCAGAACUCUUUGGCGCGCCCUCCCCCCUAGCUAAGGCAUCGGGCAUCGCAAGGAGCCUGGUGGAAGCUUCGGGAAGCAUACCGCGCGAGGCUCCCACAUACGGUCGCAAUAGUCGUUGCCACGACAAGGCCACAAGGCCGGAUGUGAGGCUUGUGCUACUCAGUCGAAGGAAUGGGCUAGUUGACCUGGCAGCCGAGCUUGGCCGAUGGGUAGGUCUGUACGUCUGUAGUAUGGAAACCGCCCUGGAAUGCGCCAUGGAAGUGGGCGCGGAGGCGGCCGCAUCGAGCGGCAAGGGUGGGAAGAGCCGAAAGGGGAGUAUUUCGGGUAGAAAUAGCAGCGUUGGGGAUGAGGACUCCGGAGAAAAUGCGUCUGGAGUAGACGCUGAGACGGCAGCAGAAAAAGCCAGAGAGGCGACCGCCCGGAGAUGCUUCCACCCGGACGCAACAGAGGAAGAUACCGCCGCUUUUAAGGCCGCGGCAUUGGCGUAUCAUGCGCUGCGGACGCACCCGAAGAAGGGUACGGCGCCCGUGCCUCUAGCGACAACGACCGAUCUCCUGGUGAAGCACUUGUCGUGCCGGGCGCCGAGUGGGCGCGGAUGGAUUCUCGUUGGCUAUCCCACUACUCUUCUCGAAUCGAAAUUACUCGAGAACGCUCUGAGCGGAUACACGGACGAGGAGGUAGCGGCAGAGCUUGGGACGGCUGGUAAGGCAUCGAAAUCCGACGCGAAGGCUAAAAAAAUGAGCCUAGCGCCUCAGCAACAGGAGGAGCAACCACGCGUCCUUCCGCGAUCGGGGUUAGACGCAGUCUUGAGUCUGGCCGAGCCGUGCUUGUCCUCGCCACGUGUAGGGACCCUACCACAAGACUCUCCGGCUGGGACUAAGGGAGGUGCAGACGCCAAUGCGCUGAACGAAAACAUGGCUGCUGCGUCAACGACGGAAGAGGCCGACGGAAAUGGUGGCGGCCAGGACGAGGAAAAUGUCGAACGCAGCAAAUACUUCGCAGAGAGACGCGCGCAGAUCGCGUGGUUGCAAGGCUUCGAGGGUGGCCAUCUUUCAUGCGACGUGCCAAACGAGGUCAAUAACGAACGACUUCUCGAGACUCUGUUUUUGCUCGUGAACAUUGCGCAGAACCGGAAGGACGAGCACGAAUUCUGGCAAAAAGAACCGGCGUUAUCUCGAAGAAACCCGGAAGUUGUGGCCACCCAGGCACUGGAAGGCGGUGGCUCCUCAGAACCCCCUAGCGACACCAAAUCGCAUUCUACCACUGCGAUGGCCACCGACCGACCUUCGCCGCUGGCGGUUCCGCUUUCGGCAUCCGUCGAAAGGUUGCGUCGGGAACGGCGGGGAAAUAUGUCUCAAAGCACUAGAAUUCAGCUCGAGGCCUUGAUGGGAGACCGAGAGCUGGACUUGGAAGGCUUGCGAUCGGCAGUCUCCCAGGCGAGCGUUCUGGCAGCAGAUACGACGGGAAGUGCUUGCUCGCCGCAGCAGACAGCGCUACGAAAACUAGAGGCCGAAAGUCCGGCACUCUCGGUGAUCGACUGGGCCUCAACUGCUGAGUUCUCGUUUUCGAAGGAGCUAAGAAACCCCGACGAUCGGUGGACAACCGCGUGCCUUCGGCUUGAAGCACAGAUAGCGGACUGGCUGACGCGAAGGAGGGAUGCUCUCGAAGCAGUGCAGAACAGGCGCAGCAGAGGUGACCGUGCGACGAGGGACAGUAGGGGCGACCAGUCGAUCAUUGCCUCUGUCCCGCCGGCGGAAGGGGAUUGCGUGUGGGAGGCGCUCGAAGCCUUCCAACUCGAGACCGGCGACGUGGUGGACGACCGUCAUUCCUCGGCAGAGAUAAUUGUGGGACAGAUCGACGGCGAAGCCGACCGCAAAGUUCGCGCUUGGAUCGGCGACGUCGCAAGCGCGGCUACUGACCUUUGUGCGGCGGAGCGAGCCACGUACCUCGAGACUGUCGAAGCCCUUUGCGUCUUCGAUCGGCUGUUCGGCCUUGAAGAAGACCCAAACGACAUCACUAGCAACGCAGACACACUUCGGGAGGCAACCUACGCAGCAGCUGACGCCCUCGUGGAAGAGGUGGCAAAGACUAGGCGACGUUUCGCAGCAGUGGGGACCUGUCUUGAAGGAGAAGUCCGAAGAGCGGUGGAACAGGUAUACCAGCGUAUUGGAACGACUUCGCCUGCCCACGGGCCUAGUCAGGAGCCCGUAACUCUCCGAGAUGCUGGUUGCAAAACCCGGCAAGCAAAUCCACUCCCCGAAGCGAUCGAACGUGUUGAAGAAUUUUCCAGUUCGGCGGGGCAAAGCAGUGACUGGACCCGCGCAAUAAGUACGCCGACAAAGGGGGAAGCAGCAUCAAGCGUGACGUUUGAAGAAUGCGGAGAAAACAGGAUUGACGGACGCGGAGAAAACAGGGCAAGCGAAGCCUUGGAGGCGGUCAUUUGGCGGUGCCGACAAACAUAUAUCUGCCGACUGAGAGGGGUGGUUGUGCGCCUUUUGAGGGCAGUUGAGGGUUGCGAGGCCAAAGUUUUGUCCAUGCGACUGGCGUUGAGGCGCCUGAAGCGCCGCCGCGUGCAGCUGGAACACGAGGGCAUCAGCGUCGCAACCGCUACGGUGCGGCGGGCUCUUCAAGAAUGUGACCAUGUCAUUCUCGCGGAUAUGCUAGAGAACGGCAUUCCGGGAAGGGCUAAAGUCGGAUAUUCCUCGAGCGUGGAUCAGCUCAAGCAACGGGUAUGUCGACACGCUCUGCAGUGCGACCGCCGGCGGCAUGGACGACGUGUCAUGGAGAAGGUGAGGGAGACUUCAUCAGAAUACGGAGCGCCGGGUCUCACCACCGCUUCUGCUAUGCCUUUCCUGGUGCACGAAACCACUAGGUUGAUACACUGCCUUCUUCUCGGGCACAUUCGGUCCCUCCCGACCCUCGACGACCUCAGCUCCAUACGAAACGCGUUGUGUCUGAAGGCCUCAACCGUAUCACAGACAUCGGUGGGGAUCGGAUCGGCAGCGGAUACUGCUUCUCCUGAUGUGCAUUCCUCUACGGCACAGAUGCCAACCUUGAGGAUCGCUCAGAGACAUUUUGUUGGAUUACCACUGUGGUUUGAGCAGCAAAGAGACGACGUGAAUCAAGGAGGGGAGCGAGCCGACAGGGAUGCGUUGCUGUUGAUCAAAAAGGUGUACUCGCAAGCGUGGGGGGGGGACGACGGGCGGGUGGAUGGGAUGGACCUGUUGCUGACCCUGUGCGCAGUGCCGAACGCUGGUGCAGGAGGAGAUGUUUCUCUAGAGGAGGAUGAAGAGGGCGUUUGGGAUACUGGGGUCUCGUUUUCCGCAGGGCUCUUUCGAGCCUUUUUCAUGCUUGCCGAGACCUCGUCAUCGGGACCACACAACGACACACUCGUUGCCAACAGCAACCGAGAGGUUGCUUCCGCCGGCACGGUCGCUUCCCGUGUGGCAGCUCCGCCCUCGUCCGCUGGUAACAUGCAGAACGCGGCCGCUGGAUCUACGGGUAAUAUGUCGUCGUUGCGACGCGACGGUGUCUUCCCGCGUGUAUCGUUGCCGCACCUAAGAGCCAUCCUUGGGCAUGGGAGCAGAAUGACGCCAGCUGACGUGUCCAGUGUUUGUGAGCUUGUUGCGAAAAAGGAACAAGCAAGGCGACAUCAAGACGAAAAGCAAGGGCAUGGAGUUAAGCAGGACACAACAGCAGAGGUGGUUGUGGGUCCUGAAGAAGCCAUCGGUGCUGAGAAUGAACCUUCCGUGGCCAGACAAAUCAUGGGCACAAGCACGGAGACCACAGGCGCCACCGAGGGAGAAUGUGACGUUGCACCUGACACGACAGCCACUGGUGACCCCGGCGGAGGACGUGGUAUUGCUGUCCAGCAGAGAGAACCGCCGCUGACCGUUUCGUUUGACGUCGUGUCCGAGUGUGAGGUCGUCCGCGACUGGGUACGCAAAGGCGCGUACACCCUUCCCACGUUCGGUGUGCUUUCUGGACGAGAACAAGGCACGGAAAACAUGCUUGGCAAGACUUCGCAUCCUUUUGGAGAGAGCAUGGGAGAGAGCCCAUAG